AUGCCUGAUAAACCGGGGACCGUCGCCGCAUAUGCGGCCGGAGCCUCUUUGGCCGCCAUCACCGAUCGGAAGAAAGGAGUUGUCGGUCUAUCGAAUCCGGCUAAUGAUUGUUUCAUAAACUCUGUUCUGCAAGCGCUGGCCGGUCUGGGCCAGCUGCGCGUAUAUCUCAUUCGCGAACUGCAUCGUCGGGAGUUGGACGGACCAGACGUUUAUAAUCAGCUUCCGGGCCCGGAUGAAGUUGCGGGGAAGCGUGGUCUUCCGCCGGAUCGAUUGCGGGAGUUACAACAGGGAACUGUGACGUUGGCGUUGAAAGAAAUGCUGGAUCGGUUGAACGAGAGACCGAUUUAUAAGAAAACGAUUUCUGCUCGGUCGUUUAUUCAGGCGCUGGAGUUUGCAUUUCGUACGCGGAUUAGUCGCAAUCAGCAGGAUGCGCAGGAGUUUCUUCAAAUCGUUGCAGAACGGUUGUGCGAUGAGUACCAUGCAGCGGUCAAAGCGAGACAGCGAGCACAACGUGCAGCUGUCGCGGAGACUGAAGCGCCGUCUAUUGCGGAGGAGGCUGAAAGCUCUGGGAAAUCUGGUGAGGUUUCUGUACGCAUUCACGACGGCUCCAAGCAUGGUCUGCCCGCGAUAAUUGAUGAUAAACUGAAAGAAAUCGACAACGGGUAUGGAUUCCCUCUUGAAGGUCAGCUAGAAUCGCAAAUCGAGUGUCAAACCUGUCACUAUCAGUAUCGACCAAACAGAACUUCGUUUGUGAAUUUGACGCUGCAAGUUCCGCAAAAGAGCUCUGCGACGCUGAGUUCUUGUUUUGACGGCUUGCUCAAGACUGAGUAUAUCGACGACUUUCGAUGUGACAGAUGUGGCUUGCAGCAUGCGCUGGAGGCGAAAAUCGUCGCAAAGACCAAGGCCAGGUCUGCCGAUGAAGUGGAGAAAUUAGAUGCAGAGAUAAGACAGAUCCAACAAGCUCUCGAAACAGAUCCGGAGCAAGCCCUGGACGGAGUAGAUCUCCCUGCUGCAGAGUUAGCGCCCAAGCGCCGAAUUGCGCGACAUAUGCGCAUCACUGUCUUUCCCAAGGUGGUUGCGAUUCACUUAUCGCGAUCAAUCUUUGAUCAGAGCAGUUCUACCAAGAAUGCGGCCAAGGUGUCGUUCCCUGAACGUCUCCCAUUGGGAGGAAUUCUCAACCGCAAAUGGUACAAGUUACUGGGUAUAGUCUGCCACAAGGGUAGCCAUAACAGCGGACACUAUGAAUCUUUCCGGCGGAGUCAUCUGUACCCACCGUUCUCAACACCAGAUGCUUUUCGAUCGUAUGCGGCGAGUCGAACAGGUAGCGAGAAUCCAUCGGUGGCGGGUAGUCCGCGUCUACCAGCGAUGAAGAAAUCGGGCUAUUCACCUUCGGGAGUCGAGCCUAGUCCUCUUAGUAUCUCACCAGUUGAUUCAUCGCUGUCACUGUCGAGCACGAAUCCAAACAACACACCAUCCUCAACAUCAACUCCAUCCACCGCCCAGACAGCAACAACAACGACAACAACAACAUCAUCAUCCUCCUCCUCCUCCUCCUCCUCAUCAGCCUCAUCCCAAGAAACCGCCAAUCCGCCUCGCUCCUUACAGAACCGACAAUCACUCGACGUCUCGUCCACGGAACGACAAAACCAAGACCUUCCCCGCAGAAGCUCUUCCGUCAGACUGGGGACCCCAAAACUCAAUACUACUACUAGCAGUAGUAGUUCGGGGGGUCUGAGCGCACAACGACUUUUACGCAGUAGACGCAAAACAGCGGAUCGCUGGUGGCGUAUCUCGGACGACAAAGUCAAGGAAUGUAAAACGAGCGAUGUUUUGGGAAUGCAAAAGGAGGUGUAUUUAUUAUUCUAUGAGAUGGAGACUCAGUCGCCGACGUCGAUGAGUUCGCAGGUUUGAUUUGCGUUUAAAAAUGCAUCAUGCAGGCGUUUGAUAUAUUCUUUGUCUGGUUCUUCACAUUUUGUACAUAUGAGACUUUAAGAGAGGGGGAAGAUGUGCUCUGUAGUACGGGUGUAGUCCUUGUGGGAGGAGGAGUAGUUACACAUCCCGUGAAUAUGGACUGACUGAUUUGAUA